AUGUUGGAAGCUAAAUUUGAAGAAGCAUCUCUUUUCAAGAGAAUUAUUGAUGGUUUCAAGGACUGUGUCCAAUUGGUCAACUUUCAAUGUAAAGAAGAUGGUAUCAUUGCUCAGGCAGUUGAUGAUUCCCGUGUUUUAUUGGUUUCUUUGGAAAUUGGUAUUGAAGCAUUCCAAGAAUACAGAUGUGAUCAUCCAGUUACUCUAGGUAUUGACCUUACAUCUUUGAGUAAGAUUCUAAGAUGUGGUAACAACUCUGACACGCUGACAUUGAUUGCAGAUGACACCCCAGAUUCUGUCCUAUUGUUGUUUGAGGACACCAAGAGAGAGAGAAUCGCUGAAUACUCUUUGAAGCUGAUGGAUAUCGAUGCUGAUUUCUUGAAGAUCGAAGAACUACAAUACGAUACUACAUUGAUGAUGCCAUCUUAUGAGUUUUCUAAGGUCGUUCGUGACUUGAGUCAAUUGAGUGAUUCUUUGAACAUCAUGGUCACAAAGGAAACCAUUAAGUUUGUUGCCGAUGGUGACAUUGGUUCUGGUUCGGUUAUCUUGAAGCCUUUUGUCGAUAUGGAAAAGCCAGAAGACUCCGUCAAGUUGGAAAUGGAACAACCAGUGGAUCUAACAUUUGGUUCCAAGUAUUUGCUAGACAUUGUCAAGGGUUCUGCUCUAUCAGAAAAGAUCGGUAUAAGGCUUUCCAGUGAAGCUCCAGCUUUAUUCCAAUUUGACUUGAAGAGUGGAUUCUUACAAUUCUUCUUAGCACCAAAGUUUAACGACGAAGAAUAA